ACUCUAGGAAGCCACGCCGAGGGUGCCUGAUUGCUUGCCUGACGUCGGCGAAGUGAACCGAAACGAAACUCCGUCCGAACUGCCAGAACGAGGCCGGUCAUGAGUCGAGCUGCCCCAACUGCGCGGACCGAGGGGAAUGUUUAAAAAAGGGCCUCUCUUCAUCUCGGCGAUAAGGGAAGGGCUUCCAUUAUUUGGUACGCGUCGUCUGUGACGUAGUUCCGGCCUCUGCCGUGGAGGCUGAGGCCUAUGUACAAGUGGGUCUGUGAGACUCUGCGUUCUUGGGUAUUCGCGCCUGCCUCUUGUCACCGGGAUGUGGAGCCUUCUUCUUUACCUCGACCGCGGAAGAGGCGGUAUCACAGUUCUCAGUCCUAUGUAGAAGAGCCUGAUCAGGAGCAAGCAAAAAGACGAAAACUUGAUAUUUUUGGUAUAUUCACUCAAGGAAUUGUCAGUCUGAUUAAGCUACCAUCCCACUUAACAGCUAAAUAUUUUCAAGUUGGAGAUCAAUAUGCUGAAACUACAAAAGAGUUUUUUUCAAAUGCUUCUGAUGCCUUGGCUGAUAAGCAGAUGCAACCUAGCUGUGAGAUGCAGAUGUGUAACUUUGAUAAAAAAGCAAGUUAUGGUACCUGUAUUCAUCCAGAUGUAGCAUCUGACUCUCGUAUUCCAGUGACUUACAUGAGAGAUGACUUUACUUCCAAAAACAGUAACAAGAAAAGUCAUAAUGUGCUUCAAGAGGAUUUGCGGCCAUGGAGGCAUAUUACCCGCAGACAUUCAUUAGAAGCUGCUUCUUUGGAGCCUGGAAGAUAUCUAAGGAAACCUCAUUAUACAGUGGAAGAGGGAGUUCAGAGACUGGAGCAAGAAAAAUAUAAAGAACUGCUUAAGCAAGGAAAAGAAAAGAGUCUUAAAAUUCACUCUUCUGCUGCAGUAGCAAAUUACCAUAAUGUUCAGGAUUAUGCCACUGGAUCCUUAAAGUUUGAUCUCAUCCCUUCAUCUGAAAUGCCAAGAAAUGGAAUCAAGAACUUUGGUCCCUUGGGCUCUAAAGAUGAUGUGAGCAGAUCAAUAAUAAUAGCAAAAAGAACAACAGAACAUGAAAAGGUAUUCAAACAGAAAAAAGAGAACUCAAUGCAGCCUUUGAUGGGAAAUGAUCUAUCAGAAGAAGUAUCACUUAGAUUAAGCCUGGUCCAGAAAGAAUCGUCAUACAGAAGACGUUCUCUGGUUGAAAUAAGAGAAAAGUAUCUAAGUUUGGAAAAGGCUACAGAGUGCUUUCCUGAGUUUACAGAGGAUAUGGAAACAGAGAUAGCAAAUGCUCUGAGCUAUGGUCAAGAUGAUGAAAUUUUGACUAGUGCCUUCAAGCUGAAUAUUACACGAAGAGACAUUCAAACGUUAAGAAACCAGCAGUGGCUCAAUGACGUGGUCAUUAACUUCUAUAUGAAUCUUCUGGUUGAGAGAAAUAAAAUGCCAGGAUUUCCAGUACUUUAUGCUUUUAGUACUUUCUUCUAUUCCAAGCUAAGUUCUAUGGGCUAUAAUGCAGUAAAAAGAUGGACCAAAGAAGUUGACUUAUUCCAACAUGACAUAAUCUUGGUGCCUAUUCAUAUCAGACUACAUUGGGCAUUAGUGAUUAUAGAUUUGAGAAGAAAAACUAUCAAAUAUUUUGAUUCAAUGGGACAAAAUGGCAUCAGGAUCUGUAUGAGAUUAUUACAAUAUCUGCAAGAGGAAAGUAAAGCAAAGAAAAACCUGGAUAUUAAUGUUUCGUCUUGGAUACUUUACAGUAUGAAGCCUCAUGAAAUUCCGCAGCAAUUAAAUGGCAGUGACUGUGGAAUGUUUACUUGCAAAUUUGCAGACUUUGUCACUAGGGAUAAACCCAUUGCAUUUACACAGUUUCAUAUGCCUUAUUAUCGAAAAAAAAUGGUAUGGGAGAUUCUUCAUCAGCAGUUGCUAUGAUGCCAGACCACUGUUACGGUUUCAUGUGCAUAAAACACCAUCUGAGUAUACAGUUGACUUGUACCCAUUUAAAGGCAAAGAUUCAAAAUACUCUCUUGGCUAAGCUCCAUUCAGAGAUGGGAGUUAUCCAGAAGCUUUUUCUUGAAGCUUGCUUUCUUGAAAUUUUCCUUCCAGGGAGAAAAAAAAUAUGAAGGCAAGAAUCUGCAGAGUAUUUUUAAGUAGAACGAUGCUGAGUUUUUGGAUGAAUAUGACCUACGUGACAUAUAUAUAUAUAUAUAUAUAUAAAUAUUGCGAUUUUCCAAAGAAUACCAGGUCGUCUAUGGUUUCAAUGCCCUGAUUGGAUUCAAACUUAGUACUGCUUAUAAGUAAUGCAAUUGUAGUUGUAGCUGAUUUGUCCCAUUAAUUUUAACUGAUCCACUCAAACCAAAAUACAAUUUGGACUCGCCCUUUGAUUAUAAGCAAAAAAGCAUGCUUUUUGAGCUUUAUUUUUGAAGUUUUAUUGUAUACUAAUGUUGAGGCAUUUGGUCUGGAAAACUAUGGUUGGGACGACUGUAUUUUGCAAGAUAUUGAAAGGAGUGUGCUUACCCAUUGUAUGUUCCUGAGUUUAUAUUUUCAUAAAACUGGAUCUUAGUGAUGCUGAAAAAUGGAAAAUUCUGUUUGAUUUGUAACAAAUCCAUUGUGAAAGCCCUAGGUGGGAAUUAUUCUUUAUUUAAAAACUAAAAUGUUGUAUGAGAGUAUUUAUUUGUAUUCUUGUAUGUGUUGGACAUGUAUUGGAAUUCCAAGCUAGUUUAACUAAAAUGGAGAUAUCUAGUAAAAAUGAUAUAAA